GCGUCUUGUCCCGAACGCAUACUUACCGCCUACCGCGUCCAUCGAAGCGAAGCGCUUGUAAUUGGCCUGAUAGCUGGAUACAGCCGCAAGAAGGCGGGCAAGGAGGCCUUUCGGUAAUGAACGACGUCGAGAUGGAAACUAUAGAUGACGCCAUUGAAAAAGCUCGCGACGUCGCGAGCAUUGCCCUUCAUCGUACACCAUAUGUUCCAGAUGGUCCGAAUGCCAGCAUAAUCAAACAAAAGGCCCGAGAGCUUCGCCAGCUCGAUGACGAGGCGGGUCGGCAGUUGCGGAAGACCUGCGAUAGGAAUGACGAGACGGGGGCGCUGAAAGUCUUCGAUAGGAUCAUUGCGCUUCGCCAACAAAUCCCAAUUCACGACGCUCUCAUUCAUCCAUGCCGCCGCCUGCCUCCCGAAAUUCUCUCGAAGAUAUUUGUUCACGCGGUGUCGGAUCCAUGGUAUUCGGGAUACGUCGGGCGCAGGACAGUUUGCCUCGCGCAAAUAUGUCAUUCUUGGCGGUGUAUCGCCCUCGCCACACCUCGCCUCUGGACGACACUCAUCUUAACAGCGAAGACUAAUCCACCUGCAAAGUAUGUCGCUGCCCUGAAGGACGAGUUGGCGAAAACCGCUCAGGCGCCGCUGCACCUGACUCUCGACAUGAAUAUGUGUGGCAUGAAUCCCAAGCCCUCGAUAAAUGAGAUCUGGAGCGACGAGGUCUGGACGUUGUUGUGCGAUCAGUCGCACAGGUGGGAGCGGGUGAUGCUUGCCGGAAUACCUGCGCGCGCGUACGAAGACCUGAUCGAGCGCACCUUUCCUGCACUGAAGCGCUUGUUGAUGUUCGUUCUCAGAGACAAAGGCGCCGCGGUCCAGGUACCCAUCCACGCGUUUCAAAGUGCACCCAAAAUCAAUAAUUUCUGCAUUGACUACAAAUCUCCCAUCCAUCCCCUCGUCUUGCCAUCGAGCUGGACUCUCACCGUGCUCACCAUCUACUCCGACGACUGCGCGCUCGAACCUACUGUCGGAGCUAUCCUGUCCUGUAGCGAGACUUUACGUAUGCUUGACAUCGCCGCUGAUGCAUCCUGCGCAAAUGUGUUACCACUCACAGCCUUCCCGCGCAUCGAAGAGCUUGUCCUCAGCAACGAUGCCGUCGCGCUGUGCUACUCCUUCACCUCUCCCAACCUUACGACCUUGUUCAUGGAGUCCGCGUGGACCUUGGACGACGAGCUCAACGCCUUCAAAGCGCUGCAAUCCCUGCUCGCGCGCUCGGAGAACUGCCCGUCCCUCCGCACGCUCGGCCUCGCAAGCUCGCUGGAUCCGGGGCCAUCGGGACGAGAACUCAUCGCGUGCUUGCGCGUACUCCCCUCACUGGAGGAGAUCUUUCUGAGUAACCGGGACAUGGCGCGCGAGCUGUCCCCAAGCCUCAUCACGCUGGACCUGCUACGCGACAUGGUCCGCCAGCCAACCGUGCCGUCGUCUUUGGCCUUCCUGCCGAAUCUCGCGCGACUUAGCAUACGCUUUGGCAACCGCUACAACAGGGCGGACCCGAAGGAUCUCGAGGUCGACGCUGUUCUCAUGGCCAUACUCGAGUCUAGGAUGCGGGCCAUGUCGGUGGAUGGGAAGGACCUACCUCUCCUGACGCACUUCUGUGCCAAAGGCGGCGGCGGGAAGGAAUACUGUUGGCCUCCUGCAGAUGACGGUCCCAACUCGAAUUAUUCCGUGUAGGCGUGGCUCGCGACGCAUACGUACUGAAAUAUACUAAACGAUUCGUCGGUGAAACUCAACCAUAUUCGGC